UUCUUCUGUUAAGUACUGAAAGCCUGUGGUGAGAUUUUGACAAACUUGGGACAAAUGCUUCAGAAAUAAUGAUCUUUUUGGGGGGAUUUUGCCCCAAAUAAACAAGAAUGUCUCUGUGAAUUUGCUGGAGAGCUAUUUGAUUUGGGAUUAUACAUAAUAUUCAAUCUUAGAGAUACUACAUGUAUGAAGUGGCCUUUUCAUACCAUGAACUUAUUAAGAUAAUGUAUCUACAUACAGCACCUGUUUCCUCAUUGAACUAAACAUAAUUAGUUGGAUGUGCCUGUCAUACUGUAUGCAACCAUGACUUGUCUAAUUUAGAGCAGAAGUUUCCAUCUUAUUGCCUGCUGUUGUUCGCACUUGCACAGGCCAAGGUGGUUACUUGGAGUUUACCAGUUGACUUUAAUACAAGGCUUCCUGCAUUUUCAGUACUUGUUUUAGGUAUCAAUGUAGCUCUAACAGCCCCAGUAUUUUGUGGGUAAAGAAAGCUCUCUGUCAGAAUUACUUCUGGUGUCCCAUGGAGAAUGACUACUUGCCAGACCAAGCAUAGAUCAAAUUUAGUAAAUUAUUCAUAAAGGAACAAACUUGCCCUUCCAUCCCCAAUAAAUAGUCGCUUACCUUGUUAGCUGGGAUGGUAAGCGAAGAGCACUGGAUACCUGCUUUUACCUUUCAGACUUAGUAUCAUAGGACACAAGGGAAGGAGCAGUCCCUGCAUUCUUCAGCUGUCAUAUCAGCUUUUCUUGCAGUACAGAGUCAAAGGCAGCAUCCAAAUCAUUCAUACUGAGGUCCAUCUGUGUGGCAUAGAAAAGUAACUUUAAUAAGAAGGGUACUGAGGAAACAGAGUAUGCUGUUAACCAAAUCCUAGUCUUUUAAAGUAAAGGGAGACCUCAUUGCAGCCUUUCAGUAUAUAAAGGGAGCUUAUCAGAAAGACAGAAAGACACUUUUUACCAUGGUGUGUAAUGACAAGUGUUAACCAUUUUAAACUGAAAGAGGGUAGAUUUAGAUUGGGUAAAAGGAAGAAAUAUUUUAUCAUGAGGGUGGUGAGACACUGGAUCAGGUUGCCCAGAAAAGCUGUGGAUGCCCCCUCCCUCCUAGCAUUCAAGAUCAGGUUGGAUGGGGCUUGGAUCUAGUGAAAGAUGUCACUGCCUAUGGAAGUGGAGUUGGACUAGAUUAUUUUUAAAAGGUCCCUUUGAAUCCAAACCAUUCCAUGGUUCUUUUCAUUUUCAUUUGUAGCAUGGGAGGUCUCUCAUUUAUUUUGUUACAGAAUGUAGUAAAGGAUGCUUUAGUAAAUUCAUGAGGAAGGUCUGAAGGCAGUAGAGUUACAGGCUUUGAUUUUUUUUUUAAUUGUUUUCUGUAUUUAUCUGCACAUCUCCACAGGCUAGAGAGGCAUGUUUAUUUUACAUCUGCCUCUACAUACCAUGCCUGGAUCUGGAUUUUGCUAAUGAUUUGUCUAUCUUGGAAAGUCAUGUGUGUUCAGCCUUGGUCAGAGUUUGUCAAGUUGCUUCACUCUGGAGAGAUGCAAAGGAGACCCAGAUGGCCUGGUCUAUCCCUCAGCUUCCUGUGACAGGCUGGGUUUCUGCUGAGCUGUUGCCCUUAUUUACAGAUCAUCUACAUGCAUUAAUUACUACUUUCAUCCUCCCUGGAAAUCUCCUAGGGAUGUCAUCUCUCCUAGGAGCAGGCAGUUCCUGGUAGUUUCAGACUGGAUGGGUGGCUGCCUGGCUGGUUCUGCUAACAUGCUGAUACUAGGGCCAUCAUGAUGUUGCUGCCCCUAGUCUUAAGACAAACUACAGAAUUACAAGAUGAAACUUGUGGUUGCUAGAGUCUUUACUAACCUUGGCUUGCAUCAGAGAAGGAGGAUCUGGAACUGAAACAAGGGCAGCAGUAGUAUUGCAAAUUGUAGAGUAGUUAGUAUUGGGAGUUGAAAUGGAGGCUAAGCCACUGCUUCUUCACAGCUGGUCUAAUUCUUCUAAAAAGUGUUGUGCAAGAUAAUGAAGCAGAUUUAGAGAUUAUUAGACCCAGGACUGAGACUAAACAAAACAAAAGACCACAAAUGUAAUUUGUGAGCAACUGGCCUUGAACUGGGAGCACAGGACCUAAUAUUUUAUCCAGAAAUGGAAACUGUCAUGACUAGAAUUAAAUAGUAUUUGCAGCCCAGACUGAAUCCAAGUGUAAGGGAAUCCCUGGCUAUUCCUACAGAAAGACACAUCCCAAAGUUACCAAAACCAUGUAAGAUGAACCUGUUUUUUAUAACACAUAAGUACUCACAGUUCCAAUGAAUGCUGUAAACAUUUAAUCCUACAGGGAAUCAUCCCUAUGGGGCUCCUGUGGAAAUGCCUCUAGACUGUGGAGAAAUUAAUAUAGUACUAAAAACUCUGCCAACAAUAAAAGCAUAGUAAUGCUCUAAUAUUAGUCUGAUAGAUUUCACUUGAAGGUUAUUAGUUUGUUUACUAGUCACAAUUUAAAUCCAGCCCUGAAUUUUUUAUAUUUUUUUUUUCAGUAAACUUUAUGAAACAGUUUGGUUGGAAAGAAGUAAAUACGUUUCAUCUUCCUUACAGGCUGUGAACUUAGUCCACAGCAUAUAGUGAAAAAUGCAAAUACUGUAUUUGAGCUGCAGAAUUAUUUAUUUAAGACUUAUCAUAUAAUAAAUUAUUUUCAUAUUGUACAAGUAUGUGUUUAAAUCUGUUGAUUAUCUAAUUAUCCUACAAAGUUUCUAAAAAUGAAGUUUCCUGUUUACUAUUACAUUUCAAAGUUCUAGUAGUUGUGGGGUUUAUUUUGACACACUAACAAGAAGCAAACCUGAUCUCCUUGUUUAACAGUCACUGGGAAUAGCAACUCUUAAUAUUAAUUACAUUAAAUUAACAUUUAUCAGCUAAGCACCAAUAUAAGUCUUCACUAGAUUAGGGACUUCUAGGAUUCCAUGACUGGGGGCACCUAGAUGCCAUACGUAAGUAAAAUCUAAAAAGUAAUUGUAAAUAAAAAUAAUUACCAACAAAACUGUUUUCUGCCCAUAAAUACAGAAGUAAUCAAAAGUAAUUAAACUGAGCUGCAUUGCUUUCCUUCACAAUAUUUAUUUGCACUAUGUAAGCAGGCAGAUUCAUCAAGGAUAGCAGUUCUGCUCAGCUUCCAAGUGGAAGCCUACAUUUCUCUUUUGUAGCAAUUGCCAGGUACCUGAAAUGAGGUCAUGCACCAUCAGAACACUGCAUAAUGGGGAUGAGCCUAUUCAACUGUCCAAUCAUAUCCCGAUAUCCACCUAAAUAAAAUGUGAUAUAAAUGAUAGCAUAGCAACAGCAGCUUCCAAACAAAAGGAAAAGCUUAAAAUACCCACACAAUCACUGAACUCUUCUGUUCCUUAAUCAAAGGAACCAUCCAGAUAUUGUAAUUCCAUGGAACUGAAAUAUUGGUGAAGUAGUCCAGGUUCCCUAAAGGACUGUGAAAUGGAGCCAAUAACAUUCAAAGUUAAAAAGUAUCAAACGCCCAGUGAUUUCUCAGCAAGUUUCAGUCUCCAGCUGGUUGGUUCCCUGCCAGUGCAUUCCCUAACCACCAUGUCCAUGCUGCCUUGGAUUGUGGCAGAGAUUCGGAUGCUCAGUACAAAGUCUUCCAAAGAAGAACCUAGUGUCAGCCAAAUCCGACUUCAUGUUUCACCAGCAAGUUUGCGAUGUGAACCAGACACAGGGGAAAUCCACCAGUGGGAUCCUUUGAUUUAUUCAAAUUUUUUUGAAUACAAGCCACAGCAUGUCCACAAACUGAUUCACAACAGUCACGAUCCAAGCUACUUUGCUUGUCUGAUAAAGGAUGGAGCAGAAAAUCAGAGAAGUAUCUGCUAUGUAUUUAAAGCUGAUGAUCAGACAAAAGUGCCUGAGAUUAUAAGCUCUAUUCGACAAGCUGGAAAAAUUGCUCGUCAGGAAGAGCUUCAGAAUAAUCUCUCAGAUGUUGAAGACCCUUUUGCCAAAAAGUUUGAGGUGCUGUUCUGUGGACGGGUGACAGUUGCACAUAAAAAUGCACCUCCAGCACUCAUAGAUGAAUGUAUUGAAAAAUUUAAUCGUGCAAGUUGUACAAAAAAAUCAGAUUUGAACACAUCAUCCCAACAACAUGAAACUGCCAAUAACUUUGGAGGCUUCUCUUUCAGCAACAAAUUUCGGUCUGUCUUCCAGCCCUUGGUCAGUGAAGAGGAGGAGAAAAGGCCACUUAGGAAAUCCUUUUCUCAGCCUGGGCUUCGUUCCUUUGCUUUCAAGAAGGAUUUGCAAGAGGGAAGCCAUAGGAGUAACAGCUUUCUCAGGUCUUUUGAAGAAGAUGCAAUUUCACUGAACCUAAAAAGUCAACUUAUCUAUGGACACAGUGUUGUGCAGCCAACAGACAUUGCAGAAAACCGGACGAUGUUGUUUACGAUUGGCCAGUCUGAAGUUUACCUUAUCAGUCCUGACACAAAAAAAGUAGCACUUGAAAAAAGCUUUAAAGAAAUAUCCUUUUGUUCUCAGGGAAUUAGACAUGUGGAUCACUUUGGGUUCAUCUGCAGAGAGUCUUCAGAAAAUGGAGGCUUCCACUUUGUUUGCUAUGUGUUUCAGUGUACAGAUGAAGCACUGGUUGAUGAAAUCAUGAUGACAUUGAAACAGGCUUUCACCGUAGCUGCUGUGCAACAAACUUCCAAGGCACAGGCCCAGCUCUGUGAAGGAUGUCCUAUGCAAAGCUUGCAUAAACUCUGUGAGAAGAUAGAAGGGUUACACCCUUCUAAGACUAAACUAGAACUACAAAAGCACCUAACAACACUAAAUAACCAGGAGCAGGCCUCUGUUUUUGAAGAGGUUAAGAAAUUAAGACCAAGAAACGAUCAAAAAGAGAAUGAGCUGGUUAUCUCUGUUUUGAGAAACAUGUAUGAGGAAAAACAGAAGGACCACGUCCAUGUUGGAGAAGCAAAACAGACUUCACAGCCCCUUGCUGAGAAUGCUGUAAAUGAGGUGCCCAGCAGUGCUCCAAGAUUCAGAUUAGAUAUGUUAAAGAACAAAGCAAAAAGAUCUCUGACAGAAUCAUUUGAAAGUAUUUUAUCACGUGGUAUUAAAGCCAGAAGUCCACUGGACAGCUCUGGUGCUGUGGAUUUGGACAAGUCUGUGUCCAGUACCUUAAGUAGCACAAGUAAAGAACCACCAGUGUGCGAAAAGGAGAAAGACAGACUUCCCACACUUCCUACAGAAAACACUGUCAAGACCAGUGGAUCAGAGGGUGAUCUCUCCAGCAACGCAGAUGAUUCUUCUGCUGAGCAGCCUCUUACGUUACCUCAGCAAAGCUUUCGGAGGCGAGCAAACACACUGAGUCACUUGCCAACAGGAAGCCAGGAAUCUCUCGUACCUGUUGAAACGUCACCAUCUGUUCCCCAGAGGAAACUUAUGAGGUAUCACUCAGUGAGCACAGAGACUCCUCACAAAAGAAAUUCUUCUGGUCAACUUGCACGUUCUCCUACUCUAGCUCGUCUCAAUCCCUCGGCCUCUUCACCCAACUUUUUUAAAUAUCUAAAGCAUAACUCAAGUGGAGAACAAAGUGGGCAUUUUGCACAAAAGAGCAUGUCCUACCGUACUGCCUUAAGGAAAAAGCUUCAUUCUUCCUCUUCUGUGCCAAAUUUCUUAAAAUUUCUGGCUCCUGUAGAUGAAAAUAACACCUCUGACUUUAGGAGCACAACAAGCGACUAUGAAUCCAAACACAGCCAGCAGGCCAUGGGUGCAGACAGCCCUGUAAGGACUCGACGACAUUCGUGGAGGCAACAGAUAUUCCUGCGAGUGGCAACCCCUCAGAAAGCAUGUGAUUCUCCCAGCCGAUAUGAUGAUUACUCUGAAUUGGGAGAACUUCCACCAAGAUCCCCAUUGGAACCAGUCUGUGAAGACGGUCCAUUUGGGCCAGUGAAAGAAGAAAGGAAACGGACACCCCGUGAGCUUCGUGAGUUGUGGAAGAAAGCCAUUAUUCAGCAGAUACUGCUCCUCAGAAUGGAGAAAGAAAACCAGAAGUUACAAGCUUCAGAAAACAAUUUACAGAACAGACGUCUGAAGCUUGACUAUGAAGAAAUCACACCAUGCUUAAAAGAUGUAACUUUGAUUUGGGAAAAAAUGUUGAGUACACCUGGAAGAUCAAAAAUUAAAUUUGAUGUGGAAAAAAUACACUCUGCUGUUGGGCAAGGAGUACCACGUCACCACCGUGGGGAGAUCUGGAAAUUUCUAGCAGAGCAAUACCAUCUUAAACAUCAGUUUCCAAGUAAACAACAACCAAAGGACAUACCUUAUAAAGAGCUCCUAAAACAACUGACUUCCCAGCAACAUGCAAUACUUAUUGACCUAGGGCGCACAUUUCCAACACAUCCAUACUUCUCAGCACAGCUGGGAGCUGGUCAGCUCUCACUCUACAAUAUUUUGAAGGCCUAUUCACUUCUGGACCAGGAAGUAGGAUAUUGCCAGGGCCUUAGUUUUGUAGCAGGAGUUCUGCUACUUCAUAUGAGUGAAGAAGAUGCUUUUAAAAUGCUGAAGUUUCUCAUGUUUGACAUGGGCCUGAGAAAACAAUAUCGUCCUGACAUGACAAUUUUACAGAUCCAGAUGUAUCAACUGUCUCGACUUCUUCAUGACUACCACCGAGAUCUCUAUAACCACCUAGAGGAACAUGAGAUUGGCCCCAGCCUCUAUGCUGCUCCCUGGUUUCUCACCAUGUUUGCCUCCCAGUUUCCUCUUGGAUUUGUAGCCAGAGUGUUUGAUAUGCUCUUACUUCAAGGAUCAGAAGCUAUAUUUAAAGUGGCUUUAAGCCUUUUGGGAAGCCACAAGCCCUUGAUUCUGCAGCAUGAGAACCUAGAAACUAUUGUUGAUUUUAUUAAAAGCACUCUCCCCAACUUGGGAUUGGUACAGAUGGAAAAGACCAUUAGUCAGGUGUUUGAAAUGGAUAUUGCUAAGCAGUUGCAAGCUUACGAAGUUGAAUACCAUGUGCUUCAGGAUGAGCUUAUAGAUUCAUCUUUAAAUGACAAUCAGAGACUGGAUAAAUUAGAAAAGGCAAACAGUAGCCUGCGCAAACAGAACUUUGAUCUCCUGGAAGAACUGCAGGUGGCUAAUGGAAAGAUCCAAAACCUUGAAGCCACAGUAGAGCUUUUACUGACCAAUGAAGGCAAAUUGAAGCAGACCAUCCUCACUCUUGAGCAGGAGCGAGCAGCUUUGAUGAAAGCAGUGGAAGAGAUGCAGAAAAAGAUUGGUGAUACAGAUGGGAAGCCUCUGCUUACUAGACAAGAACACAUGGAUGCUGACUGAUACUCACAGUUGUAAUGGAGCAGAGAAGCUGAGCAAGAAACAAAGGGAAGAACUGGGUCUUUCUGUCAUGAUUCAUGGGGGUUUGACAUUGUCACCUUCAUUGUACAUGCUUGGUGGCUUCCCAUAUCAGAGAAGCUGGUUUCUUGGGGAGAAGGCUUUUUCUUCACAGUAUGUAGAAAUACUACGAACAGUAAGAUGCCACAUAAUAAUAAGCAGAAGAAACUUAAUAGUGCAUGCAGUCAUACACAAUGCACCGUAAAGAUGUCAUGGAUUCUUCCAUAAGUGCUUCUAAACCUAAGUGCUCUGUAUUCAUCACAUAUUUUGUGUGUAGGUCACCACCAUGUUAAAUAGCAUAUUCUUUAGAAGGUCCCUUGAAUAAAUAGGGUGGUGUAAAACCUUUGAAUGGAUGACUGCCCCAUUGCAGCUAUGCAGUGGUAACAUUUACAGAGAGUUUUGUGGUUGAACUUGAGAUAUUUUUGACAGUGUAAUUCCCCUGCAGUUUGACUGGUUUCUGUUAAUUAUGUUGUUUACGCUUCAGAAAACUGCUUCCUGAUGCUUGAAGGUGUCAACCUAUUGGACUCCAGAGACAUGGACUUCAUCAUAUGUAACUAUGCAUAAUUGUAGGGUUACCAUCUGUUUUUAGAAGUACUUUGGUUUAAUACUUUUUUGUUUGUUUGUUUAACAGCCAUUAAUAUAAUGUAUUGUUAGUUGGCAUUAUCUGAUAAACUUACUGUAUAUAGUAACUCUGCAUUAUGCUUAACAAAAUACACUAACAUUGGUUUGGUGAAGCCUGCGACUCUUGCAGCAUCAUCCAAGGAUUCCUAUUCAGACUCUUCAAGCUUCAUCUUAUUUAUUUCUGAUGUGCUGUGUGAUGUAAGACAUCCUUUUACUGGGAAACUAAUGCCACUGUCAAUAUUUUAUCCCUUUAUUUGGUACUCUCUGCCCAACUGUUCUCUCAGAAAUGUUAUUCUUUAAGACUUUCUGAAGUAGUGGAGGCAUUUCAAGAGUUUCAUGUUGUGCCAGAUUAUAAAGGGCAAGGCAGUUUGAAUUAGGACACCAUUAUUUUUACAAUGCAACUUUCAAGUAAGACUACAUAUGUAAAUAAAAUGUUCAGUUUCCUUAAUAAAAUGAAAGCAGUUUUCAGGCCAGUUAAAGCGCCACUACUACAAGUGCAAUAAUAUUAAUGAAUAUCCAGUUGUCUGGGUUUGCUUCAGAUUUAGGAAUAGUGCCAUAGUUUUCUUCAGACGCCAAGCACAGAGAUGAUAGGCAUCAGUGUUUCGUUAUGGUGAUGUGGGUUUUAUUUUACUUUUUUUUUUCUUAAAUUGAUGGGUUUAUUUUUAAAAUUUCAAAGCACACUUUUUUUUCUCUGACUGGCAAUGUACAAAAAGCUUUGAUUUGCUUUUUUUCCUAUCCUCAUGCAAUUCCCUCUGACACAUUAUGGUUGUAGCUUAAUAGGAAAGCUGUAACAUUCAUCUACUGUGCAGAACAAAUACCUCUGUAGGUGAAAAAAGAGAGACUUUACUCUUCAAUUUGUAGAAGCUUUGUUUAACUGUCAUAUCAUUAAUAUGUCUGGUUCUUGCAAAUCCACUCUGUAUUCACUUAGUAUUGAAAAUCCAGAUAAAUCAAUUAUUAUUAAUCUAUUUACCUCUUAGGCUCUUUUUUGUUUUGUUUUGUUUUAAUUUGGAAAUCCACACUGAAGCUCGUGCUUCAUGUUUAAAAUCUUGUCAUAAUGGACCUCAUACUGUUAGAACACUCAGUAAUGUUGCAUUUUUACAGCAUAGUGCCAUAAUUCAUACACUGACUUUUUAAAAAAGCAAUAAAAAUAAUAAUAAUAAUCUAUG